AUUACAAAUCUGCCACUAGAGGUGAAUUUUUUGAUUAAAUCGUUUUUCUUUUUUUUUUUGAUCUCACGGGGGUUGUCGUUGUUUCAUGGAGAGCACGACGGAGCAGCCGAGGAACAUCUCGGGAUCGAUGCAGAGCCCUAGAUCUCCAUCUUCGCAGCCGUAUCUGUCAGUCUCCGUCACAGAUCCUGUCAAAUUAGGCAAUGGCGUUCAAGCUUACAUCUCUUACAGAGUUAUCACCAAGACCAACUUGCCGGAGUAUCAAGGACCCGAAAAGAUUGUUAUCAGACGAUACAGUGAUUUCGUCUGGUUACGGGAUCGGCUUUUUGAGAAAUACAAGGGCAUUUUCAUUCCUCCUCUUCCAGAGAAGAGUGCUGUAGAAAAAUUCCGCUUUAGUGCCGAAUUUAUUGAAAUGAGGCGAGCAGCAUUGGAUAUAUUUGUUAAUCGAAUAGCAUUACACCCUGAGCUUCAGCAGAGUGAGGAUCUUAGGACCUUUUUGCAAGCAGAUGAAGAGACAAUGGACAGAUUCAGGUUUCAGGAAACUGGUAUAUUCAAGAAGCCUGCAGAUCUAAUGCAAAUGUUUAGGGAUGUCCAGUCAAAAGUUAGUGAUGCUGUCCUUGGAAAGGAAAAACCUGUUGAAGAAACUACUGCUGACUACGAAAAGCUUAAGCAUUACAUUUUCGAGCUUGAGAACCACUUGGCUGAGGCUCAGAAGCAUGCAUAUCGCCUUGUCAAGAGGCAUAGAGAGUUGGGUCAAUCACUGUUGGAUUUUGGCAAGGCUGUAAAACUUCUUGGGGCUUGUGAGGGUGAACCUACAGGAAAAGCAUUUUCCGAUCUUGGAACUAAAUCUGAACUGUUAUCGAUUAAGCUCCAAAAAGAGGCUCAACAAGUCCUGAUGAACUUCGAGGAACCUUUGAAGGACUAUGUUCGUUAUGUGCAAUCAAUUAAAGCAACAAUCGCAGAGCGAGGCACUGCUUUCAAGCAACAUUGUGAAUUGGCAGAAACAACAAAGUUAAAAGAAAUAAAUCUUGACAAACUCAUGCUCACACGUUCAGACAAAGUAGGAGAAGCUGAGAUCGAAUACAGAGAGAUAAAAGCAGAAAGUGAGGAGGCUACGAGAAGAUUUGAGAGGAUAGUGAAGAGAAUGGAGGAGGAGAUAGUAAGGUUUCAAGAGCAGAAGACUGAAGAGAUGGGAGUCGCAUUCCAUCAGUUUGCGAAAGGACAAGCUCGCUUAGCAAACAGUGUCGCGGAUGCUUGGAGAUCCCUUCUUCCCAAACUUGAAGCUUCUUCUACUGUCUAAAACCAAAGUUAUAUCUUUGUGGUCCUUCAUGAGAGGGUUUGUGUCUAGAGGCAGCUUGUUGUUGUUUUUAAAAAAAUUCUGGUGUUUUUGUCAACUUAAAGUUUUAGUUAACUUCGCUUGUUUCCACUUGUAAAGAAGAUACAUGUGCAUCAUUAUUACUUGAUAGAUUACAACUUUCCCA